AUGUCGCUCUCAGAAGGAAUGUAUAAUUCGACGCUCACUGGGAAUCUCCGCUCCGACAAUUCCACGGAUCCUCGAUUCAGCAUGGAGUGGGGAGCACCGUCCGUCAUGUCAAUGGUUGUCAUCAUCCUCUCCAUCCUACUGGGCGUCCCGGGCAACGGCGCAGUCAUCUGGGUGACCGGCUUCAAAAUGAAGCGUAAGGCCCACACUGUGUGCUUCCUGAACCUGGCUGCGGCUGACCUGAUGUAUUGCCUGCUUCUCCCCUUCCUCAUGAUUGCUAUCUCCGAGCUCCACAGUGGGUACUUCAGUAACAUCAGCGUGUCAUGGUGUGUAUCAAUUAUGUACCUAAACGCUUUUGCCAGCGUUUUUCUGUUAUGUCUGGUCAGCAUCUAUCGCUGCCUGGCUGUUACACGGCCCGUCUGGUUCCAGCAACAUCUGAGACUCGCAUGGGUACGUGUGACCUGCUUCGUGGCCUGGGUCAUAGCCAUUGCCAUGUGGCUGACUAUAAUCUUCAAUUUGCAUUUCAGUACUAUACUUAUCGUGACGGCCCUCGGCUUCUGCAUCCCCUUUGUGAUUAUGGUUAUUAGUUACGCCCUCGUUGCCUGGAGACUGCACGGGGAAAGGUUCGCUAAGUCCUGGAAGCCCAUUCGCCUGAUCGUGAUCGCGGUCGCCGUCUUUGUGAUCUGCUGGCUCCCCUGCAGUCUCUGCGUCCUCUUAAUUUUCAACAGAUUUGUUCCUGACGAAUGGGUCACGUUUAGUCAAGCCCUGGCCUCAUUCAACAGCGCCCUCAACCCUCUUAUCUACGUCUUCGCCGGCAGCGACUUCCGUCAGGUGUUCAAGCGCUCCCUGUUUGCCUCGCUCAAGCUGGCCUUCACUGAGCAUGAGCAACAGGGUGAGACCCCGAACCACAAUCCCACCUCAGAUACGAAUGUCUGA